CAAGUGUUAGCAUGUUCCAAUGGCGCCAAAUGAACUCUAGGGUUUCCUUCUUCGCUACUAAUUCCUUCUUCCCAAUUUCACUCACUCCUAUAAUGUAACUAGGGUUCCAUCACACAUUACAAAUGCCGGAACUAAACUGGAAGCAUCACACUCUAAUUCAAUCUCUACUCUCACGUGGUCCUCUUAGUUCAAAUGAAUUUCACAAAAUUUUCGAAGGUGUUACUGGAAGAAAUCCAGGUGCUCAUGAUAAAUUGUUCAAUGAUUAUCUAUUGAAGAUUAAUAAAGAGCUUUCCUUUGUUCAAUUUGAGCUGCGCGCGUGUAGAAAUCAGUAUAAUGGUAAAGUUUAUUUCGGCAUUGUUAAUAAUAUUGAAGAUGAACAAUCGAAGUUUGGUUCUAAGUAUUCAGUACCUCAAAUUGCCUUUUACAGAGGCAUUAUAGAAGCAAUUGUACAAGAUGUUACUGGGCAAGGUUGCAUCUCUAAUAUUGAUGCCCUGCAUAUAAGGUUGGACAGUCAGAUCCCAGGUGUUUCACAAUCAGAGUCAGAACCACAGUGCCAGGAUGUGCCUGCUGCACUGAGAAAUUUCUCAAUGUCCCAAAAAGAAAAGGCUCUCGAAGAACUUGUUCGUGAUAAAUGGCUCUCCAAUGUGGAUGGUAACAUUGGACUUGGUAUUAGAUCGUUCCUUGAUCUUCGAAGUUGGUUCCGCAAUUGUGAGGUUUCAUCAUGUGAGGUUUGCAAUGAAGCUGGGGUGAAGGCGGAUUUGUGUCCGAAUGAAGGGUGUUCCAUUCGCAUUCAUAACUACUGUCUUAUCCAGAAGUUUUCUCAAAGAUCGGCCGAAAAAGUAUGUCCUGGGUGUAGCAAUCCUUGGCCCUACACAGUUACCAAAGCAGAAGCUUUAGACAUUGAUAAUGAGUUGAACGAGGCAACAUCGAAACAAGGACCUUCUCAGAGAAAGAGGGGAAGGAGCUCCCAGUCAGAUAACAUAGGAUCGGGUUCCUCUCAGUCAGUUACAUUGAGGAGAUCUGCUCGUAUUGGGUAACAAGUUUUUGCUGUAAAUAGUUGUUUCUGAAUGAGGAGAUAUGCUCAGCUUAUUUUGCGCGCAUUUGAUCGUGAUAUCGUGCCAGUUUGAGUCUGUAAUUCAUGUUCAGCAGUGAUUUUAUGUUUAUAAAUAUAAGUUGAUGAAAACUUUAUGGAA